UUUGUUCAGGACGUGAGAGCCGUGCCGUUAUGUCGACAAGCUGUGGGUUGUAACAGUUUGUUCUGCCUGUUAAACCGGAUUUAAACGCGAGUGGAAGUUAUUUGUUUCAGAAAAUCAUUGUAAGGGAUCUGUUUAGGGUUGCGAUCUUUCGUGUAAUAUCCCGUAUUAAACUGUAAAGUUUACCGAAGUGGAAGAUGAUCUUCGGAUUCGCAUGUGGAUCCAUGCAGACUCGGUUGGGAUAGUAUUCUCAGGACUGCAGCUGCAGACCAUGUACUGAUGGGUACAUACUGUGGGGCGACUCACCAAGAGAGCUGCAAAUCAUUCAGAAGAGACAGGAACUUUGAAAGAAUGAAGACAAGCUUGAUAGUGUUGUCUCCCAAGAACAACCAACGUUUUUUUGGUAUUGUAUUGUUUUGGUAAAUGUAUGCUUGUACAACUAUUUGUACAAGCAAAUGUGUGCCUGGACUCAUACUUAGAGAAACCUGAACAGUAACAUUUCUGGUUGAAUCUUCGAAAGGAACUUCUUGACACAAAGAGAUCAAUAUGAGUGCUGAACGAUAUCAGUACAGAGCGCUGUAUGAAUACAAGAAGGAGAGGGAGGAGGACAUCAGUCUGCAUGUGGGUGAUAUCCUGUUGGUAAGCAAAGGAGAUCUGGUGGCCCUUGGAUACACUGAUGGACUGGAACAGAGGCCAGAUGAGAUUGGCUGGCUGCCAGGCUUCAAUGAAACCACUCAGGAAAAGGGGGACUUCCCUGGGACAUAUGUCGAGUUCAUUGGAAAGAAGUGGAUCUCUCCUCCCACACCUAAGCCAAGGCCCCUCAGACCUCUACCUGUAGCUCCGGGUGUCUUCAGGGCAGAGGGGGACUCUGACUCAGAUCAAGGUCUCUGUCUGCUUGACUUGACGGAGCAGUUUUCCCUUCCAGAGACGAGUCCACCCAUGAUGGCCAGACUCAUUGAAGUUAUUGAAAAGAAAGGUCUGGAUAACCCCACUUUAUAUCGAACAUUUACUGCUGGUGGUGGACUUGAAGUCAAACAGUAUUUUGAUUGUGACCCUCCCUCAGCAGACCUGGAUCAGGUGGAGUUUCCCGUCCUGUGUGACGGUCUGCGCAGAUACCUGCAGGAUCUCCCCCAACCCGUCAUCCCCACUGCAAUAUAUCCUCAGCUGGUCCUCACUGCAAAAGAGGUGGUGAAUCCUGAGGAAUGUGCUCAGCUGCUACGUCGCAUCGCCAGCGCCCCGACUCUGCCUCCUCAGUACUGGCUAACCCUCCACUGUCUGCUCAGGCAUUUCUCCAGAGUUUGCCAAAACGGCUCCAAGAACCUGCUCAGUGCCAGAGCCCUGGGGGAGAUCUUCAGCCCCGUGCUUUUCAGACAACAGGCCACCAGUUGUGAACCCAGCUUGGAAGCCCACACCAAGAUCAUUGAGGUUCUGGUGACCAGUGAGAGGAGUGAAAGUCAGGCGGCUCCAGCUCUACCUCCAAAACCACCCAAGCCCACAUCUGUGACUAACAACGGUAUGAACAACAACAUGGCGCUGCAAGACGCCGAAUGGUACUGGGGAGACAUCUCAAGGGAGGAGGUCAAUGAGAAACUGAGGGACACCGCGGACGGUACGUUUUUGGUACGGGACGCCUCUACAAAAAUGCAUGGAGACUACACUCUGACUUUGAGGAAAGGGGGAAACAACAAGCUCAUUAAGAUAUUCCACCGGGAUGGGAAGUACGGCUUCUCGGACCCUCUGACGUUCAGCUCAGUUGUGGAGCUCAUUAACCACUAUCGCAACGAGUCGCUGGCUCAAUACAACCCCAAACUCGACGUCAAGCUUCUGUAUCCAGUCUCUAAACACCAGCAGGAUCAGGUGGUUAAAGAAGACAACAUUGAAGCCGUGGGGAGGAAGCUCUGUGAGUACCACCAGCAGUACCAGGAGAAGAACAAAGAGUACGACCGUCUGUAUGAAGAAUACACCAGAACAUCACAAGAAAUCCAAAUGAAAAGGACAGCUAUCGAGGCAUUUAAUGAAACCAUAAAGAUCUUUGAGGAGCAAUGCCAAACACAAGAGCGCUACAGCAAGGAGUACAUUGAGAAAUUCAGGAGAGAAGGCAACGAAAAGGAGAUCCAGAGGAUUAUGGGCAACUACGAGAAGCUGAAGUCCCGGAUUAGUGAAAUCGUGGACAGCAAGCGCAGACUGGAGGAGGAUCUGAAGAAGCAGGCUGCAGACUACAGAGAAAUCGACAAGAGGAUGAACAGCAUCAAGCCCGACCUCAUCCAGCUCCGCAAGACCAGAGACCAGUAUCUCAUGUGGUUGACCCAGAAGGGAGUCAGACAGAAGAAACUCAACGAGUGGCUCGGAAUCAAGAACGAGAACACAGAAGAUCAAUAUUCUAUGGUGGACGAUGACGAAGACCUUCCUCAUCACGAGGAGCGGUCCUGGAAGCUGGGCAACAUCAACCGACUGCAAGCGGAGGCGCUCCUCCAGGGCAAGAGAGAUGGAACAUUCCUGGUUCGAGACAGCAGCAAAGCGGGAUGCUAUGCCUGCAGCGUUGUUGUGGACGGUGAGGUGAAGCACUGCGUCAUCAACAAGACCCCCUCAGGUUAUGGUUUCGCCGAGCCAUACAACCUUUACGGCUCACUGAAAGAACUCGUACUUCACUACCAGCACACGUCUUUGGUCCAGCACAAUGACUCUCUGAAUGUGACGCUAGCGUACCCCGUAUACACCCAGCAGAGACGGUGAGGACCCGGCUGUUUCCACACGGACACAAAGAAAAGGCCUCAUGGAGAUUUAAGAGAUACUUCCCUGGACUCCAUGAUUUAAAGUAAAAAGCGGCUCUGUUUGCCUGACUCAGACUUGAAGUCGGAGAAAGAGACUCAGUUAAGCCUGAAACAUUUCAGUGAUGUUGCCCGACCACGAGCCUGAGGCGAGUCUGAAUGUAGAUUUAUUUCUCCGUUGCUUUUUGUGGGAGCACAGAAUCGAGCGGAAACUGCUGAACUCUCCUGCAGCCGAGGACAUUUGAGGCCUUUUCCUAAUGGUGCUUGUUCUUUUUCAAAGCUUUACCAGCCGGGAAUGUCUAAUGGAAGUGUACUCACCGGCCACAACUUUGUUUUUCCACUUUUCGUUUUGUUUUCCUUUAACGUCAUCUUUGUGUGUUUGUGUGUGUUUCUGCACAAGUGUUUUUGUGUACGUGGCUGAGUGAGUGAGUGUGUGUGUGUGUGUGUGUGUGUGAUUGUCCAUGUGACCAAAACUCAUAGAAUCAGGAAAAUGUGUGGCGUCAGGGGGAAGUGUAACACAUUGGCUUGUGUUAACUGUUCAGUAGCAGACCAUGGAUCAGCUGAUAAAUGUAGCAAAAUGGCACUUUUUAAACAAAGUUUAAUUUUUUUUGAAAAAGACUCCUAUGGACUUUUAUGAGAAGAGCAGAGAGGACGAGGCGUCUGCAUUGUAGUGCAGAGGCAAACUUGAUCUUUACUGUGGACAGGUGAAACUAUGAAUGGACUCACUCUUUCAUGUACAUAUGUGAAAAGUCAUGAAUCAAAGUGCACCAUACCAAAAAGGAUCGGUUCCUGUUUAGUUAUAUUCUGAUCUGCUAUGCAAUUCUUUCUCCUUUAUUUUAUUCAGAACUGUGUUUUAUUCUGUUGCAACCCACGAUAUAAGCUUGUUUUAUUGCUUGAAAAGUAUCUUUUCCUGUGAAAAUAUCCAAGAGGAUAUUUUGUGUCAAAAUGCCAAGAUACGGUAAAAGGAAAAACUGCUUAUGGCUUUUAAAAGAUAAUAAUAGCAAAAUACACUUUACUAUAAAUUACUUUAACAACUGGUAUAAAGAUGGAAAAAAAUGUUUGCUUCAAACUAAUGUUCUUCUCAGGCAGAGCCUUUUGAGUAUUUGAGCUGCUUCAGUCACAGAUACUAUUUCUUACAGAGAUACAUGCAGCUCUUUGUUGAGACGGACAAAGAAAGCACUCAGAGAACGGGAUGAUGGGAUUGUACAACCCUUACCCUAACCAUCACCACGAAAACAACAGUAUAGAUUUAUUUUCUUAUAAAAUAUAUAUGUUCCCACAUGAGAAUAUAUCAAAGCAGACUGGUGUUUUCAACAGAUCGAUAUUGUUGUUAAAAGAUCGAUUUACAUUGUCCACUUAGUAUUUUUCUGUAUCAGAAAAUCACUGUGUUUACAUGGGUGGAUCGGCUCAUUUCAGAUAGUCUAUAAUUUCAUAUUUCAAAAAGUACAACAUGUGCCAGUGGAAUCCUUCACAGAAGAAAGUUAGCCAGCUCAACAAGAUUUUCUUUCCCACAUCUUUAUUCUAGCUUUGAAAAGUCCAAGGGAUCGGUACAUGUGUAAACCCAGUGACAUGAAAAUAAUUAAGAAAAUAUUAAAUCAAGCCACCAUUACUACUAAUCACAUCAAGUCUAACUGAUGAUUAAAUAACUUCAAUGAAAAUUGUCUGCCCUCAAAUAAUUCUAGGUGAGAUAUUUGUAUUCCCACUCAUUCCCAUUCAAGCGAAACUGUUAAAUAUAUAUUUGUGUAACAAAUUAGUUGUAAAAGAGAAAACUUAACCUAAUGUACUUAUGAUUUAUUUUCUAAUUUGACUCUUAUUAAUCUCCAUCUUUGGCAUCUCUUUGUGCAGAAAGGUAAACGAACUUACCAGGAGCAAAGCGUUCACUUCCUGUCUAAAGAAAUGUGUACGAUAAAUGAUGCAUUUGUUGUCAUUAGACAUGAAGAAAUUUCUCAAAAUGGAAACAUUGUAUAAUUUGUUGUUUCCUGCAUAUUAUUCUCCCCUCAUGAGUCAGACAGUACUGUUGUACAGCUUGAAUAAGCUACUAAAAUGUGUUUGGAUCUAUUUGACCAGGUAACUCAUCCAAGAGAAAAUUUAGCACUCUUGAUAGUAACUGCCAUUUAUUCUAGGUUUUAUUGGUUCUAUCAACAACAACAAAAAAGGACUAGAACAUUUUUUACCCCCCCCCCCCACCCCCCAACAGCUGCUGGCAUGAACAUUUGGUUUCUUCUCACAAAACAAUAUUUCUUUCCCUACAGUUCUUGGACAACAUGCACCAUUAUUUUCUUUGCCCCAAUUCUGGGUUGUAUGAUUAUUUUAGGUGUCUUUUUAUUUUAUUUUUUAAGCUCAUGUUUUUGUGGUUGUCCCAGACAUGAUGAUUGGAUUGAGAUUUACCAGUGUUCUCCAAGUUUUGCUUCAAAUCUGUAUUGGGCUUUGUUAAAAAGGAAAUAAAGAACACCUCUUUUUAAGAAACAA